AUGAGUCGGAUGGCCAAGAGAAAGCCAUGUUUGCCAGGUCGUUCAACCAUAUUGCGAAGAGUGGGAGCCAUGGACUAUAAACUUGGGCAUGAUCAUAGCGGAGAUCUUGCCAAGGAUGCGUGCAACACAUCAAGUGGAGUGUCUUUCCUACGGGAGAAGACCUUUGGGCUGCCUGAGGGCAUUGCCAAGGUGAGGAAACAGAUUCGAGGGUAUAGCGAAGCUUCGAAACUUGGAGGAUUUCCAAUCUAUGUGGAUGAUAUUGUGCUCACAGGAAACCGCUCUUCAUUUAUUGACUCAUUUGUUCAAGCUCUGGGUCAUGCAUUCUCCAUAAGGGACCUUGGUCCACUACAUUACUUCCUUGGAAUUCAGGUGUGCCACAAUAGUGAUGGUAUUUGUCUCUCUCAAUCUCAGUAUAUCCAGAGUAUCCUCACCAAAGCUGGUAUGAUUCAUUGUAAGCUUCUAAGCUCACCCAUGGCCACAAAUGCAAAGCUUAACAAAGGUGACAUUCCCGACUUUGAUGAUCCAAGUCUUUAUCGACAAGCUGUUGGUGCACUUCAAUAUCUUACUUUAACAAGUCCGGACAUAUCAUUUAUGGUAAAUAAAGUGUGCCAGUUUAUGCACAAUCCAUCGUUAAACCAGUGGGUUGCUGUGAAGCGCAUCCUUAGAUAUCUCCAGCACACUAAAUCCAUGUCAUUUCUCAUUUCAAAGGCUUUUAACCUUUAUUUACAAGCUUUUACAGACUCCGAUUGGGCUGGUAGUAUUGAUGAUCGCUGUAACGAUCCGGCCGAUUCAGAGCAUUUGGAGGACGAGUCUAGAGUCAAGAGCAUUGCGGGUAGAGAUUUGACCUAUUCGAGAAAGAGUCGCAGGUUCGAGGUCACUGGUGCGCGUGGGGAGUUCGCAGGUACGGGCAAUGCUGGACUAGGUAAAAUGCGCAGGUGUGAGUUGGAGGUAGCAUCUGCGAGCUCGCAGCAAGCAACGAACAGUGACACUUCUACCGAGUCUGAGUACAAAGCAUUAGCUGAUGCUGCUGCAGAAUUGAUGCGGACUCAAUCUUUGAUGAUUGAGCUUGAAUUUGUCCGAGAUAAAGUUGCGAGACGUGACCUGCUGGUUCAAUUCCUCUCUUCCAAAGAUCAUGUGGCUGAUAUUCUCACAAAACCACUCGAAACAACCUUUGCAAUUCUUGCAGCUACAAAGGAGUUGGUGAAUGCUGGUUCUUAA